AUGGAGAGAGUUACAAGGACUGUUAAUAAUGUUACAGAUUAUAUGGAAAAGGAUAAUAGAGGAAUGCAGAUUACCUGCUAUUCUUUGGCUUUAUUUGGAUUGACAGUUGCUUUACGAAGAGUUAGACCAUUCAGUAGAUUUCGAAAACCGUCCGAUAUUCCUAAUCAUUUUAUCAAAGAAAAACGCCAGUUGGAAGGCUGCGUCAAAGGUAUACAUCCCAAUGGUGUACUUAUCAUAGAGCACAAACCCUUGGUUCCUCUACCUCUAAUUCCAUCUGGAGAAUUGCCAGUUAAAAUAUCUGGUGUAAAUGUGAUUGGAUUUGGAACGAAUUGGUUGCAAUCCAUCGUGGCAGGCCAGGAUGUUACUUUUAUUCCUAUUUCUAAGGAGAAGGACUAUGUGCAGUGUCAAGUGCUUUUAAUGCAAACUGUUAGAGAUAAAAAGAAGCAAACCAAACGGGCUCUCAUCAACGUGGGUGAAAGCCUGAUCAAAAUAGGCUUCGCAUUGCCGGAACCGAUCAGGAAACCUUUAUCGGAAGACUCGACGUUCCUAAAAUACUACGCUCUCCUCAUCAACGCCGAAAAAUACGCUCAACGCAAGCAAAUGGGCCUCAAGUACUAUAUAAUACCGACGAAGAGGAUCCUUUCAAAGUCCCUCGAACGACUGAUUGCCCUGUUUCAUAUCACCAAAGCCAAGGUGCCCAAGAUGAUUCAUAAGGCUCCAAAGGUUUAUGGGUCAUAGCAAAUGCUAUUUAACGUAGUGUUCGGUUUCUUUGUUCUAAUUGCGCAAGUCAUGGGUCUUUAUAAUAUACUUAAGUACUUUUUUUAUCCCAAUCACAAACAUACCGUUAUGGAGGAUAUACUGUUGUUGGUCAUGGAGAAUUAGGA